UUGGGAGAGUUAUGAGUGCUGCAGAUUGUGCUAUGUGGAAUCAGGGCCUCACCCUGCUUGGGGGUCUAGUUUCUAUUUACAUUAUUCUGUCCCAAGGGUGGAAGCUGAUUAGGGGUCUGAAGUGUCACGUUAUAUCUCGCUGGUGGAGGACUGACCUUAAGCAGUUUGGACGUUGGGCAGUGGUAACAGGGGCCACAGAUGGUAUAGGCAAAGCAUAUGCUCAAGAGCUUGCCAGGAGAGGUUUGGACAUUGUGCUGAUAAGUCGAACUCAGGAGAAACUGAAGAAAGUAGCAGAUGAAAUAAAAAAAGAAUUUGGACGCAAUGUUAAGAUUAUCCAAGUGGAUUUCACAAAAGGAUCUGAAAUAUACCAGCUAAUUGAAGAUGAAUUAAAAGGAAUGGAAAUAGGAAUUCUGGUAAACAACGUGGGUAUGGUAAUGGCUGGCACACCUAGCCGAUUUCUGAAUGCUCCUGAUCUGAGUAAGGCAAUAACUAAUAUUAUCAACUGCAAUGUGCAGUCAGUGUUACAGAUGACUCAGAUUAUUCUCCCGCAAAUGGUGGAAAGGAAGAAAGGUGUGAUAAUUAACCUGUCAUCAGAAGCUGGGAAUUUUCCCUAUCCUAUGACAACUAUGUAUAGUGCUAGCAAGGUGUUUGUGGAUUUCUUUUCACGAGGUCUCGAUGCAGAAUACAAGUCAUCAGGAAUAACUGUGCAGUGUGUAAUGCCACUAUUUGUUUCAACGGAUAUGACUUUUAAGAUUAAAAAAAACAUCUUUGUGAAAGCUCCUGAAGACUUUGCCUAUGAAGCGUUAAACACUGUGGGUUACACACAUAGAACUAGUGGAUGUCUAUCUCAUUCUCUUCAGAGUUACGCCUUAAAUAUGAUACUUUCAGAGAAUCUUUUGAAAAUUGUGUUCUCCACAAAAAUAAUGGGCAAACUCUGGAGCAAGUGGAAGAAGGAUUACAAGAAAAGCUAAUAGAAGUGAGCGCCACAACUCACCAGAGAGACGUCUGCCAAUAGAAUAUCUUUUUCUCUGCUCUGGCGAGAAUAUCUAUGAAGCCUCUUCAGCACUGCACGGUGCCUCACAGAAUUUUGUAAAGGCAAAUGUUAGCUUGAGAAUGUUUUAUCUCUCCAUGCAGAGUUCUUGGUGCGAAGCAGACACCUACAUUACAAUAUAAUGCUAAAACAAAGAUUAUUGUGCGAUUUCUCUAUAUUCCUGCAGGUUUUUGAUCAGCCAACAAGCAGGAUAAAAUGACUACUCUUGGAAUAUAAAUGUAUCCUCAGGGUAUUGCCUAUUGGUUUAAUGUGA